CCGGCUUGCUCCUCGACAACAGAACAAUCUGGUGGCGCAGUGGAACCAAGUACAUUUUGUUGUUAAAAUAUUCUUAAUUGCAUUGAUAGGUCCCUCUGUAAUAAAGGACAUUGAUGUCAUUUGGUGGAACUCAAAACGGCGGCCGCCGCAGCAAAUGGGACCAGCCGGGGCCCGGGUCCGGUUCUGGGGGGAUGGGUGAGGUGGAGCCUGCACCCACUGGGGCCCUGGAUGCAGCAGCAGCCGUGGCUGCUAAGAUCAAUGCCAUGUUGGUGGCCAAAGGAAAACUGAGACCCUCACAAAUAGGAGUCCCUGGACCCCUCGACAAGGUCGUGGGUGUUUGCAAACCUGCGAUGCAGACUAAAGCUAAGGACGAUCUGGUGGUGGCCGAGGUGGAGAUUAACGACGUGCCCCUCACCUGCCGUAACCUACUGACCCGGGGGCAAACCCAAGAUGAGAUCAGUAAAAUUAGUGGCGCUGCGGUGUCCACUAGAGGGCGCUACAUGGCCGCAGACGAGAAGGGCAAAGCACUGUCGGGGGAGCGUCCUCUUUACCUGCAUGUCCAAGGCCAGACCAGGGAGCUGGUGGACAGGGCUGUCAACAGAAUCAAGGAGAUCAUCACCAACGGAUUGGUGAAGGCUGUGGCUGCAACAACAUCCUCUUCGUCCUACAGUCACAGUCCUGCAGCCCCAGCACCAGUUUACCAACCGCAUAAACCACCUCCAGUCUCGAUGGCACCCAUGAGCCAUGGCCACAAACCACACUAUCAGUCUGGGAUGCACUAUGUGCAGGACAAACUCUUCGUGGGUCUGGAGCACGCCAUCCAGGGCUUCCCCGUGAAGGAGAAGGUGGAGGGACCCGGCUGCUCCUACCUGCAGCACAUCCAGGCCGAGACGGGGGCCAAAGUCUUCCUCCGGGGGAAGGGCUCGGGCUGCCUGGAGCCCACCUCUGGACGUGAGGCCUUCGAGCCCAUGUACAUCUACAUCAGCCAUCCUAAACCUGAGGGGCUGGCAGCCGCCAAAACCCUCUGUCAAAACCUGCUCCAAACCGUACAUGCUGAAUAUUCCAACUUCCUGAACCAAAUGAGUUCGAUGAUGCCCCCGCAAGGCUACAUGCCGCCAAUAGCAGUCAACGGAUUGCCCCCCCAGCCUGCCUACUACCCCCCUGCAGGCUACCAGCCGAGCUACCCCAUGCCCGUCCCCCCACCCCGGCCGGUUCCCCCUCCGUACGCUGUCCCCCCGCCCAUCCCCCUAGCAGCCCCCUCGGUGGUGCCCCCCCCGUACAGCCUCCCCCCUGCCCGUCUACCCGCCCCUGUUCCCGCCGUGAUGCCACCGCUGCAGGUCACUCCCGUUCCCUCCUUCUCUCCCGCUGUGCCCGCUCUCCCCAAGGCCCCGCCCCCGGUGCAGGCAACCAAUCCCCCGCAGAAAAGGCGCUUCACGGAAGAGGUGCCGGACGAGAGGGACAGCGGGCUCCUGGGUUACCAGCAUGGACCCAUUCAUAUGACUAAUUUAGGUGCAGGCUUCCCAGUGGGCAGCCCGGAGACCUCAGGACCCCUGUCACAGAGUUCCUCCAGUGCACCAAAUGAGAGGGACAGUCGACAGCUAAUGACCCCACUGCCCAUGUCUUUGAACGGAGGUAUGAGACCCAAGAUGGAGGAGAUGAGGGCACUGCAAGGCCCUCUGGAGCCUUCCGUGAAGCGAGUGAAGACGGGCCUGGUGGCGUACACGGGGGACUCCUCGGACGAAGAGGAGGAGCACCGCUCUGCCCCACGGGCUCUGGGGACAGGUAACCCCGGGUUGGCUCCCCCUCCGUCCCCCAGCUGGACGCAGGGGUACCGCGGCCUCACGCCUGCAGCGCCCCGUGACAAAGCUCAGACACACCAUCAGCAGCAGCCGCCCAUGCCCUUCUGGAUGGCCCCUUGAGGCAGAGCCAGGCCCAGCACAAACCCCUGAAAUGAAUUUGAAUGGCCCUGUCCUUCCAGGGCGACCCAACACCUUGUGGUUGGCUUUUGACACGUGUUCACGACCACAUUGAAAACGGGUUCUGCACUUUGGUCGGCAAAAAGACUUGCUGAUGUUUUUUGUUUUUUUGAAGUAGCUCUCAACUAUAGGUUGGAAAUGCAAUGUGUAAAAGACAUUUGAAAUCUUUAAAUACAUUUUUGUUAAACUACUGUGCUGGCUCCUCCAUGGAUAGAUCAGCAAUACUAAACCUUCACUUUUGGAUUAAUCCCCCGUGCGGAAGUAAAAAAGUCUUUUUAACAGGUAAUGAUGUCUCAAAUUGCGUCUUUCUAUUCGCCUCUUUCUACUUUCCCUUGUUAAAAGUUUCCAGGGUUAAAAGUUCUGUUUGCCAUUCCUUUAUGCUUUUUUGUACAAACUAAACUUAACCUCAUGUCAUAGACCAAUUAACUUUAUUUCAUGAUUUUGUGAAAUAAAUGUUAUUUAUUGCAGUGUAUCUUUUGUCGUGUAUCCCUGCCUUGCUACAAAACGCAAACAGUAUACUUUAUAAUGCAGUACUAUACUCAUCAACAGUCUAUAUUAUUAUAUAGAUUCACUGACUGCCAUUAUGACAAAGAAGGUGCCAUUGUAGUUAAACAGCUUUCAGAUAUGUGUACGUUCAACAGGGCACACUAAGCAUCACAUCAGUACUUAAAAUGGAUCAAAACAAUUCUACUAUUCCCCGUCGUAUAGCUGAGGGCCGUUAACAGCCUUGAGGUAUAGUGAUGUACUGGAGAUUCAGACCAUCUCGAUCGAUGGCUCUCGAGGAGUGUUUGUCGAGUUGUAUUCUGCAAUGCGGCUCUCCAUCACUGGGCGGAAAUGGCGGAUCAGCCCCUGUGGAAGAAACAAGUUCACCAUUAAAUAUAAUUAUGGCUUGUAUGUUUGAAUCCUACCAUGACAUUCACUUUGUAGGUGAGGAGUCCAUUGCAGCAGCAGUUUAGGGCAGUGAUUAGCGUAAGACUGCUGACAUAACAUUGAAAAUGUUUUUCUUACCUUCUAUCUAAUCAAUGAAGCAAUAAUGGCAGGGGCUGCCCACAUGAUGAGCAAUGGGGUGGUAAACCCUACCCCUACUAAAGAUGGCAUGACUCAGUCCUGUGAGCUAAACCAAAGUGAGGCGAUUCACUGCUGGAGUCCAUGAGAGUGACAGGAAGUAGAUUAACCAUAAAGAACAUUCCAUAUUGUAUUGGGUUAUACCAAGUAAGACCUGUCCAUGGGUUGUUGUGGUUUCAGGAAGGACUCACCUGUACGGGCCAGGCAGCCCCAUCCCCCAGGGCGCAGAUGGUAUGUCCCUCUAUCUGCUUGCUCAGCUCCCAAAUCAUAUCUAUUUCUGACACAGCCGCCUCACCGCGCACAAACCUCCACAUCAUCCCGUCCAUCCAGUCCACUCCUUCAGGGCAGGCACAAGGGAGGCAAAGAGAGAACCAUUUGGUUUGUUGGGUCAAUGCUUCUCUGGCGAAGCAUUGUGAACAGCAUAGGCUUACUUGUUUAGUAGUAGUUAUAGUUUAAUUAUGAAUGAGUAACCAACGUUUAAAAAUAAACUGAAUUAUGGCCAAGUGCAACAAUUAUG